UUACAGAUGCAUAAACUAAGGCUCAGAAACGGGGAAAAUCUUUCCCAGGGUCACUGGUCAAAGCAGAGGGAGAUCCGGAACUGGAAGUAGGCAUCCUGACUCCAGCCAACAGACACCCUCCAAAGUAAAACCAGCAGUGCUGCCUUUUUCCCCCAAAACUGCUUUCUCAAAGUGCACACAUCUUGGUGGGCUUGUCAAACCCAAAGACAGCUGGGGAAGAAAAGGAAGCUAUCUCCCCCGAACAAAGAACACAACAACCAAGCCUGCAAUUUGUGGCAGAGAAGUUCAGUUUGCUUCUUGGACAUUUCUGAAAUGACAUACCUUUCUCCUCAUUUAUUUUAAGCCCUAGGCGUUUUUCAUACCAUGAUUUAAUCUUCUUUAGCAGCCUGGGAAAAUACAAAUCAAUUACAGCCUAAAACCUAUCAGUUUCGCAGGAGGCAGCUGACUCCUCCCUCACCCUAGUCCUAGUUGUGGUGAACCCAACUGCACAGGAAGCACCACAGAAGCCCAGUGUGCCCAGAUCUCUCCUAUCCUGUAAGUGACCACAGAGGACAACCAUGAAUGAGGCCAAAGAGACCCUCCGUGGCAUUGAGCAGAAGUACAAGCUGUUCCAACAGCAGCAGUUCACCUUCAUCGCAGCUCUGGAGCACUGCAGGGAGAACGCACAUGACAAGAUCCGGCCCAUCUCCAGCAUCGAACAGGUGCAGAGCUACAUGGAACACUACUGUAACAACUCCACAGACCGGCGGAUCCUGCUCAUGUUCCUGGACAUCUGUUCAGAGCUGAACAGGCUCUGCCAGCACUUUGAGGCCAUGCACUCUGGCACCCCAGUCACCAACAACAUCCUUGACAAAUGCAAAAGCUUGGUUAGCCAAAGCAAUGACCUGAGCACCCUCAGAGCAAAGUACCCUCACGAUGUAGUGAACCAUCUCAGCUGUGACGAGGCCAGGAACCACUAUGGCGGUGUGGUCAGCCUCAUCCCCAUUGUCUUGGACCUUAUGAAAGAGUGGAUUGCCCACUCGGAGAAGCUGCCCCGCAAAGCGCUGCAGCACGUGAGUGAGCCCGCAGCAUGUCAGAAUGUCACCAGGGCAGCCGCUUGUCCUGCCCAGACCGCAGGCACCCAGCGUUGGUUAAGAAAGCACAAAUGUAGGCAGCUGGAAAAAGACCGCCUCAAACCCAGGGGGCGAGACAAAGGACAUUCCAAGCCUCCCUGGAGGCCGUCCGGUGGGAAACUGUAACUCAAGGCCAGGGGCCUGCUCCACGCUGGGUGCUCUGCUAACCAGUGUGGACUCCCCUGUGGAUCCAUUCCUGCUGGUGCUGGCACCCCUGCCGUUAACCCCAAAAGGGACAAUACAUCAUUGAGAAUCUCUCCUUCUCUUGCUUUCACUUGUAACUUUCCUGCUUCUAAGCUCUGUGCUGGUGAAGACGAUCCCCACUUAAUGAGUUGCCCAAACAGUACAGUGUUGCUAGAGGGUGUCCCAGGUGAGGGCACUGAGCCACACCCAGCAGCCAUCCAGCUCCCUGCCCCAGCAGCCACAGGAAGCAGCACAGACUCUCUGCAGGACAGGGAUGCUCCCACUCCCAGGAUGGAGGGAGGGGCAGAUGCUGAAGGAACGCCUCAGGGUUCAGUUCCCUGGACCAAAACAAAGGCAGUGAGCCCACCUCUCCAGAAGAAUUCUGUCUGUGGUUCCUGAGCAAGGACCAUGGCCUGAUGAUGUCCACAGCAUAGUCGAGGCCCACACACUGUGUGAUGCGUCUGCUUUGAGCUCUGAUUGUUACUUUUUCCCUUCGCAGGGGACGACUUAGCUUCUGUAUUGUUGCUUCCUCGGGGGCAGACAGUCAAGAAUAAAAAAUGUUCUACCA